GAAGAAGAGAGCUCUCCUGAUGUAGUACAUGAAAUCAUGUCCAUUGGCAAGAGUUUGAGAGUAGAGGUAGAUGAUGCAGACGUGGAAGAGUUGCUGAAAGACCAUCAAAAUGAACUAACGACAGAAGAGCUGAUUGCCAUGCAGGAAGAACAGAUGAAAGUCUUACAAGAAGAGCAUUCGUCAGAGGAAUCUGAGAAGGCUAGGGAAGAAAUCACCAGUGCUGAGAUCAAGGAAAUUUGCAGAAAAUGGAAUGAUGUGCAGGAAUUUAUCGAGAAGCACCAUCCUAACAAAGUUGUGGCUAAUAGGGUCAUUAAUUUAAUGAACGACUCUGUGCUAGUGCAUUUUAGAAAAAUUUUGAUUAAGAGAGUAAGACAAUCAACUUUAGAUCACUUUCUUGUUCCUUAUCAAAAGAGACCUCGACUUGAAGAAAUUCCCAAUGCAGUGCUACUUGAUAUUUUUAUGGAGGGGGUUCCUCUUCCAAGCAUUAAGCUCCGUAGAAACAAAGGUAUGUACAGUGCUACUUUAUUAAAUAAAGUUUACAUAUUUGUUGCUGGAAUGAUAGAUAUUACGUUUUCUUAUAUUUUCAUCAAAGAAAACCCAUUUUACAAAUAAAAUUACAAAAAUACUGACAGCU